AUGACGACGCGCAAGGCACCAUCGUCGUCUCUACAGACCAACAAGCGUGCGCGCGCGGAGGCUGCGCCGCAACUAUCACAAGAAACCAGCACGUCGCCAGUGCCCAACAAGCGCGCGCGCGUCGACGCGGCGCCGGAAGAGCCCAACAAGCGCGCGCGCGUCGACGCGGCUCUGCGAUCGCAGCUCGAGGAGCACCGCUGCCCCAUCACGCUCGAGCUUUUCGUCGACCCCGUCGUCGCGCCCGACGGCCGCCUCUACGAGCGAGAAGCGAUCACGCGCUGGCUCGACACGACGAACCGCGUCGUCGUCGGCCGGUCGCCGGCGACCAACGACAUGAUGGUCGGCGAACUCAUCCCGAUCCACCCGGUGCGGUGCGCCAUCGAGGCACUCGUAAAGGGCGGUUGCGUGGAACCGGAGGACGAGGCGCCCUGGCAGAUGCGGCGCGGGCGGAUGCUCGAGGCGCGCGGCGACCGCGCCGGCGCCGCGACGCAGCUGAAGCGCGCGCCCGGGUACGAGGACGACGCGCUUUUGCUCCUGAGGGAGGCGGCCGCGGCGUGCCCCGACGCGAAGCGGGCCCUGGCGGAGGCGGGCAAGGUCUGGCGCACGGCCGGCGGCCGCCUGUCGUGGGGGCCCGAAUCGCGCCGAUACGACCCGCGGCUCCUGGACGUCGUCGUGAGCGGCGAGCGCGACGUCGACGUCGACGCGGGCUGGCGCCUCGACGCGCGCGCGUCGUCGAAGAGCGCUCUAGUGUGGAGGCGGGAGGGCGAGACGGUCUGGUGGGUGCGGGCGCGGCGCCCGGCGGCGUAA